AUGUAUUGUGUAGUCAGUUUCGAUUCUGAUGAUGGGACAAGUUUAGCUUAUGUGCCAUUAACAUGCAUUCAAUCAGUUCAAGGUGAUAAAAUUGCAUUAAACAAAAGUUAUCUAUUUGUACAUAAAACAAAUCGUUCAAUUAAAGAACGUGGCAAACUUCUGUUUCGAGGUGAGGAAAGUACAUUACAAGAGGUUAAAACAUAUUGUGAACUCGAGGAUAAUGCCAUAAUAGAUGAUACAACAUGGAUCGAUCAACCAGAAGUAUUUACCAAUGUAACCAAUACAACAGCUAAAUCUAAAACAAAACCAACAGCAACACAAAAGGGCGCCAUUAAACGUGGACCCUAUCAGGCUGGUGCUAGUAGUACAAAAAAGAAAACAAAACGUGCUAUUAAUCAAAAUGAAAGUGAUGACGAUAACAAUAAUGACACGGGUAACGAGGACGAUGAUGUUGAAGUAGGAAACAAUGAUGAACUGGAAAAUGUUGAAAACAGAACACGAUCACGACCACAGGAACAGCGCACAAAAACAAAACUUCCACAUUGUGAUAAUUCACGUCCAAGUACAAGCUCGAGUUCACCAAAUCAACCAAUAACAACAACAUCUUCAGUUUGUACAAAUGAUGAUAUUAUUUUGCCAAGAUAUAUUCAGCUUGAACUUGAAAGUAAUCGAAAACGGAUAAUUGAUCUGGAAGAACAAUUAGUCGAAAUAAAACGUUGUUCAAUUCCAUUUCCAAAUGACGCUGAAGUUGAUUAUAUGAGACGUUUAGUAGCUAUUGUUGAUUUUCGGGCAAAAGUAGCGAAUGUGCAAGCUAUUGAAGUGAGUAUAAUUGAUUUUCACAGAAAAGGUUCUAUUUCUACUAUUGAGCUUGUCGUCUACUUUUUCCAGAUUGGUCAAAAACUUGGUUUAACCGAUGCAGAAUUGUUUAAAGCUGUUGGCAACAUGAAAACAGAUUGGAAAAAGAUAACAACAAAUUUAUUGGUCGCAUGUCACAAAGGUGUAGAAUUAGAAAAUGAAAAUUAUUCAACUUUAUGUAAAAAAAAUAAAGAUCGGAUCGAUAAUAUUUUUAGUAAGUUAUUUGUUGUUUUUAUGUUAUAUGAAAAAUUGAACGCAUUUUUAAUAUUUGCAGAUUAUGUUAAACUGUUACGACCAGCUGAUACCAUUGCUCAAGGUGUUUUCAGUACAACUAUAUCAAAUAAGUGUCAUCAUUUGAAAAGUGAUAAAAAAAGAAAACAGUUAAAACAGUUUGAAGCAACAAAUAUUGAUGAUAAACAAGAAGAACAAAAAGGUGGUGAAGAUCAGCGACAAGAAGACAAUGAACAUGGUGAAAGUUUAUUAACAGACAUAAACGAAGAAUCAACUGAGGUUUUAAAUGAGAAUUUUAAAAAAGAUUUAGAAAUACAACCACCGGUUAGACGUUUACAAGCUAGCGCUAUUGAUAUAGCUGCUGCUUCGAUUAUAUAUAAAAUCAGACGUCGUCAAAGCAACGCGGAUAUGGACAUAUUUUGUAGUAUGAUCAACUCAUUAAAUGUACCAAACAGCUCAGUUUCGUGGAAGUCCAUUAAGGCAAUAACAAAACUAGAUGUAAGGUCGGGAUGGUCAUCAUGUCAAAUAUGUAAUCAGUGUGGAAAUCUUAUUCAUGAUAUGAAAUUAGAAUUAUGUAAAGAAUGUGAUCGUGAUAAUCUUCUUGAAUUUUACUAUUAUUCACUCGCUGAACAGUUACAACAUAUUUUACUGAUACCAACUAUGUAUGAUCAAAUGACAAAACAACGCGAACAAAAUGAAGAAAAGUUAAGAGUAACAACAUAUGGUGAUAUACUUAUGGAUGAACCUGAUACAUCGUUUACAACGACAAAAAUCAAUGCCGAUGGGAUCGUUUCCAAGAAUCAACACGUGGCAUUAUGGCCGGUUAUGUUUAUGUUAAAUGAAAUACCAUUACCUACACGUCGAUAUUCAGAAUCAAUUGUGCUUGGUGGUGUUAUUCCGGCCAAAAAGCAUCCAAGCAACAAAUCAUUCGAAACAAUACUAAACAUCGUAUCUAAACAGUGUAAACAGUUAGAAAGUGGUAUUAGUUAUUUCAUACCCGGUCAUGGUGAAAAAACACUAAAAUUCUUCUUAAUUGCUGCUUGUUCUGACAAACCAGCCCAAUCACUAUUACAGAAUACAGUCGCAUACAAUGCCAAUUACGGGUGUGCCAGAUGCUUCAUUCAAGGAGAAGUGUUUUCUGGUUCCAAUAAAAAUGGUAAACAUUUUAAUAUUAAAGUAUUUCCAUAUGGUAAAUAUGAUCAAAGGAAUUCACAUGUUUGUGAGAAACUGGUAGACGAAAUCGAAGAUAAUCAAAUGCCAGUAUAUGGUCAUCGUGGCAUUGGACAUGAUUUAGAAUCGAUGACGCAUGGAGCAACACAUUAUGGACAACAAUUAAUUUCACAUAUGCAAUAUUACCGUCAAGCAAUAAUUGAAAGUCUCAGACCUGAUUAUCCAUUGAAAUUAUUAUUGUUAAAUGAGCGUAUGCUUAAUCGUAAAUCCACAAUGUCAGACGACAUACGCGUUAGCAAAGAAAUACCAGCUGAUUUUUAUAUUAGAGAGCAAGAACAGUUGAAAAUAAUGUCAACGCAGACUUUUAUCUUUCAUCAUAAAUUAGCCGUAAAACAUUUACAUUUUAAAACAAUAUCCGCGACAACAUCAAACAAAUUCGCCGAUUGUUGUGUGUCGUUUAUAUUUGGAGACCAAAUUAAAAUCGGAUUUAUAUGUGCUAUUGUUACUAAUCAUAGCAACAGAAGAAUAUUAAUUUUAUUAGAAGAAUUAAUUGCUGAUGCAAAUAAACAGUUAUCCAACAUUCUUCAAUGUAAAAUAAACAAUGAAUCAAAAACGAUUCCCAACACAUACGUACGUUUAAGAUCGAAUUGUUUUAUUCUUCGUUAUCCACUACAUAUUAUUCAAAAACAUGCAUUUAGAAUAUUGAAUAACGACGAAACUGUUCAUAUUUUAGAAUACUCGAAUCUCAAAGAAAGUAGUUAA